UAUCAUCGCAGCAGCAGCUGAGGAGAGUGAAGUGAACCCGGGGGAAGGGAGAAAACGGGGAGAAAGGAUUUACGGACACCAAGCAACCAAGCAUGGCUACCCAAACGACUGCAUCAUGCACUGGAUCCACUCUGUUGCAGCCAAUCAGCGAAAUUAUCAAUCUCCCCCUCGACCAGGUUAACUUUGUGGCAGGUCAGCUGUUUGCCCUGCUAAUGGCCGUGUGGUUUCGGAUCUACCUCCACCCCAGUAAGACCAGUCCCUUCAUCAGACAUGUGGUGGCCACUCUGCUGGGCUUCUACUUGGCUCUCUUCUGCUUUGGCUGGUAUUCUCUUCAUUUCCUGGUGCAGAGCGGACUGUCCUACAGUGUGAUUGUCUUUGCUGGUCUGGAGAACAUGCACAGGUACUGCUUCAUGGUGACUCUUGGCUACCUGAUAUUGUGUCAGAUCACACGAGUCUACGUAUUUGACUACGGCAUGUACUCUGCAGAUUUUACAGGGCCCAUGAUGGUUAUAACACAGAAGAUCACCAGCUUGGCGUUUGAAAUACACGAUGGUUUGACCAAGCGAGACGCGCAGCUGAAUCCCAGUCAGAAAUACCUAGCUAUCAGGCGGAUGCCCAGUUUGCUGGAAUAUCUAAGCUACAACUGUAACUUCAUGGGCAUCCUGGCAGGACCUACAUGCUCCUACAAUGACUACGUGGCCUUCAUUGAAGGCACGUGCUACCAGCCACACCACCAGGAGAAUGCCAACGGGAAGGAGAAUGGGAAGUACAAGCAGAGCGAACCCUCGCCCAAGAAUGAUGUCAUCUCCAAGCUGUGCACGUGCGCCAUCUCGCUGGCCAUCUAUCUGUCACUGUGUAAAGUCAUCCCAGUGGAGCACUCGAUAAACGACGAAUUCGUCAAGUCCACACCCUUCUAUCUACAAGUCAUCUACCUUUACCUGGCCAUGUUGGCUCUGAGGCCAAAGUAUUAUUUUGUCUGGACACUUGCUGAUGCAAUUAACAACGCAGCAGGAUUUGGCUUCAAUGGAUACAACAAAGAUGGCUCCCCACGGUGGGACCUGAUAUCAAAUCUCAGAAUUCUGGACAUUGAGUUUGCCACCAGUUUCAAGAUGUUCUUGGACAACUGGAAUAUCCAGACAGCUCUUUGGCUCAAAAGGGUGUGUUACGAGCGCUGUCCCAUAAACCCCACUGCUGCCACCUUCCUGCUGUCAGCCAUGUGGCACGGGGUGUACCCUGGCUACUACCUGACCUUCCUCACUGGCAUUGCCAUGACCAUGGCUGCACGUGCAGUAAGGCACAACAUCAGACCGCACUUCCUGGUCUCCGACUCAUACAAGUGCAUUUACGAUGUCAUCACGUGGGCAUGGACUCAGGUGGCUAUUAGUUACACAGUGGUGCCGUUUGUCCUAUAUACUGUGGGACCUUCACUCACGUUCUACAGGUCCUGGUACUUCUGCCUACAUCUUCUGUGUCUGCUGGUGGUAGUGGCCCUGCCCGUCAACCCAAUACGCCGACAGGCCAAAGAGCAGCAGGACGGCUUACAGGACAACCAGACAGACCACAACAGCACAGACAACAACUGCAACCAGAAAGACAAAGCCACAUGAGGCUCAGGACACCAAAGUCCCUUCAGCAGCAGAAACACUGAGACGAACUAGAAACCACUGAGAAAUGGAGUGUGGCGAGUCUAUUUACCUGACAAAGAACCAAAUAUUGGACGUACUGAGAAUCCUAACAGACAGAAAACACAAGUCAACGUCCUGUCAAAACUUCCAGUAGCAAGGAUGACCACGAUCACUUUUCUGACAUGGACAAGAGACCAGGAUUUAACAACGGCCAUGGUGUAAACUAAUGAGUGAUAGUGGUUACAAUACAUUGUAUUAGUGGAGAUGAAGAAAAACUGACUUCCUAGCUGCCUUAAACCCUCUAUGUACUCUGCAGGCGAAAUACCAGUUUGGAUGGCACGCUGCAAGAACCCGAAUGCAGUUACCACCAGCGUGGUGUCGGGUUAUACAAACAGAAUAGGAGUGCAGUAUGUGGAGGGUUUUUGUCAUUGUCUGGAUACAAGCCUCUUGUUAGUUGGAAAAGGAAAAAAAAUAUGUUAAUGUAAAAGAAACAUAACCUUUAUCAUCAGCUGCCAAUUUCAAACAGGCCUUAGGAUCCUCACAAUAUUGUUUGAUUUCUAUGUCUUUUUUAAAAAUCUUUACCUGAAGAAGAAUUCACAUUGUACGUGUUUUGUAUUUAGAUGUCUAUGACAACACUAUUUGAACACCAUUCUUAAUGGAUGAAUUGACUCCGCCUGAUGUAAUGAACCAACAGUCCCAAAGUGGAAUUCAGAUCUCGUCCGUCUCCAGCAGUGGAAAGCCACCCAAUAGUUACUAAAUGGAUUUCUGUUUUGUUUUUAAAAAAAAUAUUUUUUCAUAUCUGCUGCUUUUUUUUGACAAACACUCAUCAGUUUCAGAUAAAUGUGUUUCAA